GCCGAGUAUUUCUUAAAUCAACAGUAUCUUUCUUGGUGUCUUUAGGAACAUACCUACACCAUGAGUUUUACCGAUAAAGUGGCAAUAGUGACUGGUGCAAGCUCCGGGAUCGGGGCUGCCGCGGCCUUGGCACUGGCCAAAGAAGGAACUAAAGUAGCUCUAGUGGCCAGAAAUGAGGAAAGACUCCGCAAAGUUUCCAACCAAUGCGAAGAAUUCGGCUCCAAACCUUUAAUCAUCAUAGCGGACAUAAGUAAAGAUGAAGAAGCAAAAACCAUCGUUAAGAAGACAGUUGAUCACUUUGGCAAGAUAGACAUUCUAAUAAACAACGCUGGAAUAGUUGGCAUCUCAUCAAUGUUGGACGAAAACAUAAUCCAGUAUUACGAUAUGGUCAUGAACACUAAUGUUCGCGCAACGGUUCUUUUGACAAGUCUAGCUGCUCCUCAUUUGAUAGAGACGAAGGGUAAUAUUAUUAACAUCUCAAGUAUAGCCGGUUUGAAGGUUCCUGGGAAGAAUUAUAUGUGUUACGCGGUGUCUAAAGCAGCGCUGGAUCACUUCACCCGUGCGGUAGCUUUGGACUUUGCUCAAUACGGAGUGAGGGUUAACAGUGUGAAUCCAGGGCCGGUGAAAACUGACAUAGUAGCGAAUGCUGGAGCUCCCAAUCCUGAUGUGUUUUGGGAGAGGUUCAAGCAAGGAACAGCUUUGAAAAAUAUAUCGGAACCUGAAGAGACGGCGGAUCUAAUUCUGUUCUUGGCCAGUGACAAGGCAAGGAGCAUCACUGGUUCGUCGUUUGUGUCCGAUAAUGGUAUGCUUUUGAUGUAACUGUAUUUUACGGUACAGCAAACAAGAAAAUAGGUACAUAAAAAUCUGGAAUCCGUUCCAUUCCUUUUUUGGUUAACAGAUUGAACAGCGAAAACGCCAAAAGCAGAUCAUGUCGAUGAAGACGAAUUUACGAAUGAGCAGAAAUAAGAGAAAAACAAACUACUCAUAUUCAUGAUCAAAGAGUACUAACGAAAGUCACAAAGGAAUAAUGGGAUGAAUUUAAAUAAAAUCAUGACAAAAGACGAAAGAAACGGUCUAGACGAUACCUAAUUUACUCCAGAAACCGCACACGACCUAAGACACCAAGUAUUCAAUUACAAUACAAUUUAAUGUUGAUUUCUGAGGUGUUUCUUUUAUUAUCACUUUGUUGUACAGAUUCAGUUUAAAAAGUAUGUCCUAAAGACUAAAAUAUAAACAUUUAAACUUA